AUGUCUGCAGAGAGACAUCAACCCUCUGCGGAACCCGAAGCUGGGCCGAGCUCACCGACGAAAGCUGGCGCUAUACCGCCUGCCCCGGCGAGACCUGCCAACGGCCUCCUCGCCUACUUUGGCAAGGGUCAAGCUGGUCCGUCAGCUACAGCAUCGUCGUCCUCUGGCACUACUCCGUCGGUUCUGCCUGCCAAGAAAAAGCGGAAACCAGCGGUGGCGCCCGAUCAAGCUCGACUCGGUACGGCAGCAGGAGAAGACUCUGGCUGGUCUUUGGCCAAGGAGCCCGCCGCGGAGGGUGCUGAGGCCCCCAAGCCAAAGGGCAGGAAGAAGCCGGCGAAAACGGAUGAUGGAGAGGAGGCUGAGAAGAAGGAGAUGGCUAAGCGGUUGAAGGCCGAGAAGAAGGGUCCGAAGAAAGGAGCAGGCGAGGCGAGCGGGCUUCCCGAUGAACCAGGCGGGGACGCAGACGGAUUGGCAGCUGAUUCGUCAAAAGCCUCAGUUGGAGUAUCUCACGGCAAGUCCAGCACGAUUGGCAAGGCGGGACCUAGCGCACCUCGCACAUCCGAUACGAAGCGGAAACGCGGUCCCCAGCUCAAGCCUGGCCCCUCCCCGUCUGACACCGCUCUCCCCCUAUCCCAAGCUUCUACAUCCCGAUCCAGUACCGGCCGGCCGAGCUCCCCACCCACCAUCAACCUGUCCUCCUCCACCGAGUCCGACGACGAUCUCCCUCGUCCGUCUAACAAGGGGCGGAGGUUACAAAUACUAUCGCCGUCGUCAUCCCUACCUCCCUUCUCUAGAUCCAGCUCGACCAUCUCCAAAGGUGCUAGCCAGGCAGAUCCUAUCAGUAUCGACGACUCGCCCCGGCAGCCUCUAAUCCCAGUCAUUGAUCUUGCGUCAUCGCCGAUUGGAGGGAAAGCGGAAGGACGGAAGAAAACAGUCUUUGCGGCGGAUCAGAAGGCGGUGCAUGGAUUCUUCGGGAAGCGCCAGACAGCGGAAGGAGAGGUUACGCAGGCACCUGUAAAGCAAGGGAAUGCGUCGCAGGACAAGGCGGGGCCAAAGGCAGCUGCUAAGGGGGAGAAGGUGCACUCCUUCUUUCAGUCGGGACCGAAAGGGGUACCAGGGAAGCUGGCGGAUGGUUGGGGAGCAGAUCGCAAGCUGGGAGACGAGUGGCCAGCUCCGCUACCCGGCAGAAUCUGGCCGUCGCACCGCGGCUGCGCGAGUCUCACUGGUGGUCCAGAGGGGUCGCUUCGGAAACGGAGGAAGAUUUCGCCUGCCUCACCUCAGUCCAUCGAAUCGUUCUUCAGCCGAGCGAUCACGUUCGACGAUACAACACCUCCCCUCUCUCCAGUCCGACCAUCCCCUCCGCACGUCCAACCCCAAAAUACCGACCACGCUGCUAUCCGCUCCGUACCCCUCCGUUCCCUCGCCUCUCACCGAGAAUCAUGGUGCGAGCGGUAUCGUCCCCUCUCAGCCGACCAAGUCCUCGGAAACGAAAGAGAAGCGGUCUAUCUCCGGGACUGGCUUCAGCUGCUCUCCGUCGGACCAGACGGCGGUUCUAGUGCCACGACCAAGAUCACGCGUCGCGUCCCCCGGCGGAAAGCGCAUCUGGAGGACGGGUGGAUUGUCGAUGAUAUCGGCCUUUUCGACGAUGAGGAGCCCGCCGACGAUCCGGACGCUGAGGACUUUGAGACUAUCGAAGAGGCUCCCUCAGCGCUGGAUCUUCGUCCCGAGACCUACCCCAGCUUCGGAGGUCGGCUGGCGAACACCAUCCUCAUGACUGGUCCGCAGGGAUCAGGCAAGUCGGCAGCGGUGUAUGCGGUCGCGGAAGAGCUAGGAUGGGAGGUGUUUGAGGUGUACCCCGGGAUAGGAAGGCGGACGGGCUCGAACCUCAUGUCACUCGUUGGGGACGUGGGGAAGAACCACGUGAUUACAGGAAAGGUCACCCCGAAGAAGGCUAAGGCGGCCAGCGCAGCGAUGCCCAAGCCCGUUCCCGUGUCCUUCUUCGGUGCGGCUCCGGUUGCCGUCAGGAACGGCGUGGCAAGGAAGAGGGCAAAUCAGCUGCCGAUGUCGAGUCAAGGGUCGCAGGGGGAUCCGAUGCGCCUGGACGACAGCGACGAGGAGAAGGAGGAAGAGGCGGAGGUACUGGAGGACAGGAAGCAUGGGUUUAGGCAGUCUCUCAUCCUUCUGGACGAGGCGGAUCUGCUCUUCGACGAGGAAGGUUCGUUCUGGCCGGCAGUAAUCUCGCUUAUCGCCGAGUCGAGACGUCCCAUCAUUCUCACUUGCAACGAUCCACUGAGGAUACCUAUUGCCACUCUGCCCUUACAAGCCAUACUCCAAUUCGAAGCGCCCCCUCCCUCACUCGCCAUAUCCUAUCUCGGCGCCAUCGCCCAGCACGAGACACUCACCCAUCUCGACCCAUCAGCACUACACACCUCGUCCUUCUCCUCCACCCCAAAUCUCCUCGCUCAGCCGACACCACUGCCUCCCAAUGGACAUGAGCCUAUCCCUACCUUCGACCUCCGCCGCGCCAUCACCCAGAUGCAGCUCGACCGGAACGUCGCGCCCUACUCCUCUUCUCGCCCAAUGGAUUCCCCAAGCAAGGACCUGAUCUGCCUGGCGAAGAGUCUGGAGCAGAGGUCAUUCGCGGACGCGUGGAUCUCACCGAGACCGUGGGCGACCAUCGAGAUGAAUGAGCUGGACCGGUACGGAGAUACUCCGGACGAUCUGCUGGGUGUACAUGCGCUCUCGAAGCCAGAGGUGCAUCCUGAUCGGGUGGCGCUACCGGGGCAUUCGGCUGAGAUGGAUAUGGAGGAGUACUUGCUAUCGCUAGUACCCCAUAUCCCGGAGCGAUCACCUGAGGAUCUUGGGUUGAAACAGUAUGUCCAGCUGUUUAUCUUUCUCUCUCAAUCCCUGACCGAAACUAUCCAGCUGCCUGCCCUUCGUCACUCUGCAUCAAGUGGUGGUACAAUGCCAAGCUGA